CCUGACAUGUACAGUUACUUCUUGAAUUUUAAUUCCUUUGUUCGUUUGGUUGGUAUUUGGAAAGUUCUUCAUUUGUUUUGUUUUGUUUUUUAUGCUUUGGUUAUGAGUUUCGAAGGAUUAAUGGAAAAAUUUCGGGAUAUGAUUGUGGUUGAUAUUAACAAAGCGUUACGUUGGUUUAUUUUUCUUUGGUAAUUUUCUCUAAAAAUAUUGGUGGGACAAUGGCAAGAUAUUUUCAACUGGUUUUUCCUUAAUAAAUCAUUGUUAUACGUGAGAAGAAAUCUAAAUAUUCAAACACAUUUUGGAUUUAGAUUGUUUAUAUCGUUGUAAUCGCAUGAUAUUUAGAUGAAUAAGAAAUACAAAAAAUUAAUAUUUACUAUAAAACAAUCCAAAAAAUAUUAAAAGAAAUUUUGUUUCUUUAAUUUUUUAAUUUUUUCAUGAAACUAUUUUUAUUUAACAUAUUAAUUUAAUUCAUUAUUUUAUUUCACGUUAAACAUAAAUAAUAGACAACAGAAUCUUACAUUUUUCAUUUUUUUAAGUAUAAUGCAUCACAUUUCAAAUUGUACAUGUUAAAGCAACAUUAAGAUUAAUGUGAUUUAAAAGUCAUUGCUCCGCUGCAAAUGUUUAAGAAUUACUAUUUUUCGAUGCAACCUAAUCACUCGUUUGAUUGAGUUUGUUAUGUGGGCCUAAUCAAAAUCUACAGAACCAUUCUCAACAUCAUUUAACCAGUGUAUUAUGAUAUAAUGAAAUUACAUUUUCAAUAUUUUCGGAGUUUAUAUGUCUAUCGAACUGAUAUAUUUCAUUUCGUAGAUUGAAUUUAAAUUUUUAUGUGAAAUUUUUGAUAUUGUAUAAAAAUUAUAUAGACAUUUAAUGAAAAGACUUGGCAGUAAAAGAAAUACCUUUACUGCGCCAGUUAAUCAGUCAACAAAAUUUGAUAUUAAUGGAAUUCUGGAAAUUCCUUGUACAUUCGCAAUUGAAACCUUGAGUCGAAAAACCAGUUGUGACUGUUAUUUACCAAAUUGAACUUGUCUCACAUUUGCUGUGAUUCUUUCUUGAAAUUUUUAUUAAACACCUUUCACUAUAAGAGUUUUGAAACGUCUCUCAAUUAAAUGCAUGAUGAAAGUUUUUGGCAAAUAAAAUAUCAUGUUACUUUCCAGACCAAGUUUCAUAUUAUACCAAGACAGAGGUAUUUAAAAUUACAUGCAUAACAAUAAUUUAAUUGCGCAUACAAUGCAAUAUAAAAAAUUAUGCAGCGUUCUAUUAAAAGAUUUCAGCUGACAAUACUGAGAACUUCUUAACUUUGCAAAGUCUGACUGCAUUUAUAUCUUUGGUACAAAGCGCCAAAACACUCAAUAUAAAUAGUUUCCGACGCCUAGAUAUGCUUAAAAUACUCAAUUACUCUCAUCAAUCAUGCAAACUAUCUAAUUUGCAGUUGUGUAUUAUAACAGCUCAAUUAAUCCAAAGAAUCAGAACACGUUCUGAUUUCAACCGCUGGACGAAACUUACGUAAUGCAAAUUCCACCAGCACACGUAAUCAUGGUUGUGACUCGCGUAUGUGCGUGUACAUAUCAAGGUGCAAUUAGAUUGGAAUACUGCAGUAUGUACCGUCUCAAUUGAUCGCAACCGUUUGUAAAAUUCAGGAGCUUUCAGAAAAACACGGAGCUUUGUUUGGACUUUGUAGCUUAUAGGCGUCUAGCGCUCGAUAAAUGUGAAAGCUCCUUCGUAUAAAGUGCGACUUUGCAUAUCUUCAAACUUCACGUUCGUGAGUGUCUAACAUUUUUUUUUCGUAUAUUCUCAUUCAAGCCAUUGUUUUUAUGUGCAAAAGGGAAUGACUUCUGAUGACGCAAUCUGUACUUUUCCAUGCUGCACUUCAAUUUGGGAGAUGUUUGUUUAUUUUCCAUUCUUAGAUUUCUUCGUUACGUUAUUACAACAUCAGCUGGAAAUAUUGCAUUAAAGGAAGGUUUCGAAUAUUAUUCAUAAUGAUUUCGUCGCAAUCGGAAAAAAUGUAAUACAAAAACAAAAAAAUCUCACGGAAGUAAAUCGGUUUCAAACGAAGAACAAGAAAAUGUCUCGCGAGGAAGAUGACGGCGAAUGGUGUUGUGGCGUAGGUGAUCAGGUGUCGCCUUUGCGCGAAAUACCACUGAACGGCGACGCUGCGAGUGGCUUCGAUUUUGAACAGCUAACACUACGACAGGCCCGCGUGCUCAGGAGGACAAGGAGCCUUAACGCGCCCAGUCCCAUUCAACAGUUUGGACCAUGUGGUCGUAUUAUGAAAAACUCAGCGAUGGUUAUGACCAUUCAAGAUCCAGCCUCACAGAGGUUGACUUGGUACAAACCACCGCUCACCGUCCUUGUGAUCAAGAAGGUCCGUGAUUCGUCUGUGUUGCCACCGUUCGUACAGCUUGUCACAUGGCUGAUCGAGGAAAAGAGGAUGGUCGUUUUCGUAGAAGCGACGGUACUGGAUGAUCCAGCACUCGGUAGAGAUUCUAGGUUCCAGAACGUAAGAGAUAGACUACAGACAUUCAGAGACGGCACCGACGAUCUGCAGGACAAAAUAGACUUUAUCGUAUGUUUAGGAGGAGACGGCACAUUGCUGUACGCUAGUCUUCUGUUCCAGCAGUCAGUUCCGCCAGUUAUGGCAUUUCAUUUAGGCUCUCUUGGAUUCUUGACACCGUUCGAGUUUGAUAACUUUCAAAGUCAAGUUACAAAUGUUUUAGAAGGUCACGCAGCACUCACAUUGAGAAGUCGACUUCGUUGUAUAAUCAUGCGAAAGGGCGAAGAAGGUCAACCGGCCAAGCCACCUACAAACCUUCUGGUCCUCAACGAAGUUGUUGUUGAUCGUGGUCCAUCGCCAUAUUUAUCCAACAUUGACCUGUUCAUCGACGGCAAACAUGUGACGAGUGUUCAAGGUGACGGUCUCAUCGUCAGUACCCCUACAGGAUCAACGGCUUAUGCCGUUGCUGCUGGUGCCAGUAUGAUACAUCCAUCGGUACCUGCGAUCAUGAUCACACCAAUCUGUCCACACUCGCUGUCGUUUAGGCCUAUUGUCGUGCCAGCUGGUGUUGAACUCAAGAUAGUGGUGAAUAACAAGGCACGCAGCACAGCCUACGUCUCCUUCGACGGGCGUAAUCAGCAAGAGCUACGCGUUGGGGAUAGCCUAAGCGUGACGACAUCGGUAUACCCAGUACCGUCAAUUUGCGCAGCAGACCAGAUAACUGACUGGUUCGACUCAUUGGCAGAGUGCUUACACUGGAAUGUGCGUAAACGUCAAAAGCACCUAGACGAGCUGAGUGAUCUUACGCAUUCGUCGAGUAACGACACCCUGGAUAGCCUUGAGAGGGACAGCUAGACCAGGCUUUUACUCGUCGAGUAGUCUGGAACAUUAAAUCACGCCCGCAAGUGGUAGCGAUGAGAAAUAUAAAAGAGAAAGAGAGACGAUAUAUAGUUAUACUUCUUUUCUUUUUUUUGUAGCUCAAGUGCAAGUGUGCAGUUUGUGUGUCGUAAAACGUAAUAUGUGCGAAUAUGUACGGAAAUUGCGAAUGAGGGUGAAAAAUUUUUUGUAGCGAUAUAAAAACGAUGUAAACGAAAAAACCUACAUGCAAUUAUUACAUGGAAUUUCAAAUAGCGACCCACAUUAAGUAACAAUAUUUUAUAACACGGACCUUGUGUUCCUCAUCAAUCAAAAGAACAAAAAAAAAGUAAUAAUAAGAAUCAUGUAGGUUUUUAGCAGUGUAUACUUACGUAGCUUGGAAAGCAAACAAAAUGAGAGUUUUUCAUAGAUUUUACUUUUCAUGCAUUAGACAUCGAUAAAAGAUUUAUUUGUAAGAAUAUGGAAUUCAUUUUUAGAUCUAUUACGUUGUAAAUGUUAUAUGGUAUUUACUAUAUCCUUUUUAAUAAAAUAAUUUUUAUAUAUUUUUGCUGUAUCUUACUCU